UUCUUUCAAAAGUACAAUUUUUAUCACACAUUCGUAUCUAAGUCGAGAUAUACUACAAUGGUUCAAUCAUGAUGAUCUUUUAAAAGAGAUGUUCACGAUAAAUAAUUCCUUUUUUGUUAUAUUUUUUAUCGUUGAAUGGACAUGAAUUCGAACGAGUUUACACCAAAUUCUCCAUCUUUACAGAUGGAGUUUCGUCCGCGACGCUUUUCUGACAUCUCUGACUUGAUGAGAAAGGAAAGAUUUCAGAAUGAUUUAAUCCAUUUCAAAUUCGAUCGGACGACAAAAGAGAAAAUACGUAAAUUGGCUGAGUAUAUCUUAGAAACAGAAUCCAGAGAUAAUGGUCUAGGAGAACAAAGUCACGAAAGAAUUAAAGUUUUCGACGAGUUAAAAUACCUGUUUGACGAACGAUUCCGAAUCUUGUUGAAACGAGUGGAAGAUUGGAAACUUGUAAGAAUUCCCCUCAUUAAAAAGAUUGAAGACUACAUUGAAAGCUUGGAUAAAAACUUUAAACUUAGCUCCAUUGCUCGGUUGGUAGGAUCGACAACUGACGUUGUAGGUUCCGUCGGCGGCUUGCUAAUGAGUUCAGAUAGUGCAAAAUAUGCUUUUAACAUAGCAUCAGCGUGCGGUUUGCUUGGAAUUUUCGCUACAGUGGCGGAGAUUACCUCUUCCAAAAAGAUCUUGGAUGAUGUUAAUGAUUCUAUUGAAGAGGAUUACAAGUCAUUGGACCUUAUUGUGAAAUGGUUUCAUGGUAACGAGGAUUUAGAUUUUGCAGUUCAAGAUUCAAGGAUAUUUCCGUAUGGUGUAGACAAGGACAUUGCCCUUCAAGUUCAAGAAGCUUCACACGAAUUAGAAGACUAUAUGAAAGUGUUUGUAUCAGCUUUAGCUUCCAAUGUCAGAAAAGACAGUGAUAUUCUUGAGGAUAUAGAUUUUCUACAUGGUCUUCAAAUGUUUACAUGGAGUAAUGUUGCCAGGUUAUGGUGGAACAGGAUAAUUUUCCGCAAGCAUCCCAUCACCCUUGACUUGAAUAGAAUGAUGUUGCAGAUGGAAUUUGGGCAAAUGCAAUCUCUAGUCUUACAAAGUAUUCCCUCCUUGCCACUAGAACAACAGCGAUUAACUUCCUUGCCGGUUGCCGGAAGAAUAAUGUUAAACUGUUUAACCAUAUAUGAUUCAAUGUUUUACAUUCGCCAAGGAGCAAAGUCACUACAUUCCGAUAAAUUAAGGAAACUUUUGAAAGAAAUGAAAAGGGAAUUACGCACAAUCGAUAGUUUAAUUGAAAGAAUGAAACCUGCUAACUUUAGCGAACAAGUUCAAGCAAAUCUGAGCUGAUUUUACUGAUAUUAAACUUCACGAAGCAAGAAAAACAAAUGGUAACAUUUCAGAAUUUCCAACACGAAUAUGGUUUAAGUUUUCUGAGAAAAAUACUGCAAUAAGCAUGUUCUGGAUUAUUAUUAGUUUCUUUGAAGUUUUAUUUUCGCAUAAUUGAUGUUGUUUUAAACCUUUUGCAUUACCUUUCAAUAAAUAUUGCCAUUGAUUAUCUUCGUAUUGAACCAAAAUAUAAUAUUUGAUGACGAAAUCCUACAGGAUGAAGAAAAACUGUCCAAUCAUUUUUGAAAUUAAAAGAAAUGAAACAGCUUGAAAUGUUGCUUGUGCGUGUUGUAACUACUCAUUUUUCCUGCAAGAGGAAAUAAAAGUACUAAGAAAUACAGAAAAAUCAUGAAAAAACUUCAUAACACUGACAUAACACAUCAGAACUCGUCGUAACUGCAGGCGUAGCGUGUAAGAGGUGCACGCUUUUUGUUUUUAGAAAACUGUUCGUUUAUUUUAAGUUUUAUAUAUACAUUACUAUAUAAAUGAACAUACAUAGAAAAAAUAAUCAUGCAUAUAUUCAUAAAAUUUAAAAUAUACGAAGAGUUUUCAAAAAACAAAAGAAUGCCCCCUUUGAACUUGUAACACUUGAAAAAUAAACCAAACAAGAGGAAAAACUACAUACGCAAAUUUAGUGAAUUGUUAUGUGUUCUUAGUGCUACAAGCAUAAUAACUUGGUUAUCUUUUAGUUUUAGAUGUAAAAAAAUGAAAUUAGUUUAGUUUUGGAUGAAAUGUAUUAUUUAAUUAGAUGUAUUUAAUCCUCUAUGCAUUAUAACCCAUUUCCUUUAGUUAAUGACUUAAGUUGAAAUUUCUAUGUUAUGUUGAAACUUCCAUGUUGUCAGAUCACAAACUUCUUGAGUAAUUAAUAAAAUCUAAAAUAUAUAAAUCUAUAACAACAGAAUGAAGAGUUUAUAUGUCUGUAUGUUUCUCUUAUACCCCCAGAACCGUUUGUUCUAUCGCCCUGAAAUUUGUACGGUGACUGCAAUGAAACCAGUGAUUCUAAAAUUCGUUCGAAAUUUUAAAUUGUUAUGUGUUUUUGUAAUUAAUUGUAAUUAAGUUUAAUUGUUGUUGUUUAAUUGUAAUUAAGUUUUAUGAGUGGGUGCAACU